AUGCACCAGCUGAAGGAGCAGUUGGAGGAAAGGACUCGCAUCCUGCAGGCAAAUAUCAAGACACAACAGGAGGAGCUGCAUCACAUUAAAGAACAGUUGCAGUUUGUGCAUGACUCCAAUCUCCAGAUGUUGCUUCAGCAGCCCAAUUCACUUGGGUUUAAUGCACUGGAUCAUCAAGAUCAAGGACAGAAGCAACAACAGCUACCAGGGAACGUCAUGCAAAGCCCUUGCCUAUCCAGCAAACAGAUGCAAGCUCUUGUGGACUCUGAAUUACAUGGCCAGCAAUUGUCUUCUUCUCAACAUGUCCUCAGGGAACCAAAUCAAAAUCACGUCGAGUUUUGUUGUCAUUUGUCAAGAGGAUCAUUAGAUCCCAGGGAACUUCCUAUGUAUGAAUAUGUAAAAUUUAUAGGAAGCUUUAGAUUUCACAAUAUCGUGCCUAUGGCUUCUUGCAAUGGCUUUGAAUCAGCCAUAUCAAGGUCAUUUCGAUCUGCAGCAAAAGAGCAAGUCUGCCUUGUGGCUACUGUGCGUCUUGUCAUACCACAAUUUUUAAAGGAACUGUGCAAUGUUGAGGAAUCAUGUGAAGAAUUUACAUCACGGCAUAGUUUAGAGUGGAAGUUCCUAUUCCUGGACCACAGGGCCCCUCCUAUUAUAGGUUACUUACCAUUCGAAGUGCUAGGAACUUCUGGCUAUGAUUACUACCACGUUGAUGAUCUGGAGCUUCUAGCAAGAUGCCAUGAACACUUGAUGCAGUUUGGGAAGGGCAAGUCUUGUUACUACCGCUUUUUGACCAAAGGACAGCGAUGGAUUUGGCUCCAGACUCAUUACUACAUCACCUAUCACCAGUGGAAUUCCAAGCCGGAGUUUAUUGUCUGCACGCACACAGUGGUGAGCUAUGUGGAAGUCAGAUCAGAAAGACGAAGGGAACAGGGCCUUGAGGAAUCUUCCCCUGAAAUCCUGCCCCCAACAGCCCUGAAGACUCAAAACUGCAGGCAAUGUGACAGUGCCCAGGAUAUAUAUAUUGAGAGACUGAGUGGCAGUCGACCAUGUUCAGUAUCAUCUCCAAGUUCACACAAGUCCUCUCACACCGCACUUUCAGACACUCCAUCAACACAAUCCAAAGUACACACAGAAGCAAGUACACCUUCCAGACAAUCAGUAAAUACAAGUUUACAGGACAAGUCAGCUCAGAGACCACAGCAAGUCGGUGCUCAGGUUCAGCAGCAGUUCAUGAAAGGAGAUCAACUGCAACAAGCCAGCUUGCAAAUCCACUCACAUACCAAUCGGAUCACACCACUCUUUAGUAACCCCACGAUGUUUGCCCAGACUCCAACAGUACCCUGCCCUAUUCCACUGCCAUCUGACGUUAGUCAGAGCCACUCAUCUCCAGAAUAUGGACAUGACCGACAAUUAAGAUUAUUUUUGAAUCAACCCAUUCAUCCCAUAAUGCCAAACAGCAGUGAAACAGAACAGCUAUCCCAGAAUAAUACAACGAGACAACAGGCCAAAUUUAUCCAAGAUCAGCAGAUGCUGACGGCACUAGCAAUGCAACCAACCAGCUGUAGCGCAGUCAUCGUCCCUUCUCCUAGUUCCGUGGCCAUCCAGCAUCCAAAUUUCUCCUCACACCAGCAAGCCUCUAUUCCACAGCGACACAGCCAUCAUUCCAUGCAGCUUCAGCAGCGACAUCAAUAUCUUCAGCAAGUGCCACCGAGUGGAAUGAUGCAAGGUGACCAGUCGCAACCUCUUUUCCUGGGAUCAGCACCACAGGUGAACAUGGGCUACCUCUCACAACACCAAACCCAUGGGACGCAAAGCAACACCAGUGGCCUCUCGGAAUUGCACAACAUUCAGUUGCCGCGGUAACCAAGGUCAAUCACAGAGGCAGACGAUGCAAGGCUGCAAAUUGGACGUACCUCCGUGGUGUAUUUGUGGGUAAAGGGCAAAUGCUCACCUGGUAGCUCAUCCAUGCCCGAGAGAAAUGGGUGCCAGGAAUGAAGGGCA